AUGGGCCUGGAGGAGCGGUUGUCGCGAAUGGUGAUAAAAAAAAAAAAAAAAAGAGUGGCAGCUACCCUGACCCAGAAACCCUUAUGUGGGAAGGGGCAGGUUGCAGAGAAGGAAAAGAGAGAGGCCUUUUUUAACCGUCCAUGCUGGUCCAAUAAGGUUGAGUACAUCCUGACUCAGGUAGGCUACUCCAUGAGGAUGAGUGAUCUCUGGCAUGUUUUCUUCCUAUGACCUCACAAUGGAGGUUGCGGUUUUCUCAUCUUCUAUAUCCACGUGCUGUUCUUGAUCGGGGUUCCUCUUCUAUUCCUGGAGAUGGCAGCUGGUCAGAGAAUGCGUCAGGGCAGCAUUGGUGUCUGGAAGGUCAUCAGCCCCUGGAUUGGUGGUGUGGGGUAUACCAGCUUCAUGGUGUGCUUCAUCACCAACUUAUACUUGAAUGUGGUCAAUGCCUGGAUCCUGUCCUACUUGGCCCAGUCUUUCCAGUUUCCAGUUCCAUGGGAGAACUGUCCCUUAUUGAUGAACUCCAGUGAAUUUGGUCCCCCCAGAUCCUGAAGGACAACAGCUUCCAUGUACUUCUGGUACCUGCUGACCUUGAAGGCCUCAGACAGAGUUGAGGAUGGUGGGUCACCAGUCUUCAGUCUGAAAUUGUUCUUAUUGGUGUCGUGGUAUCUUGUUAGCGCUUUCAUUAUUAAUGGGCUCAAGUUCUCUGGAAACGUAAUGUAUGUCUUGGUACCAGUCUCUUAUUGCAUCGUCCUCAGUUUCCUCAUGUGUCUACUGCUCUAAGGGGCAGUAUUUGGCCUUCAGUAUUGGAUGCUUUCCAAGAUAUCAACUAUGUACAACAUGGAUGUAUGGCAUGAAGUAGGGAACCGGGUCUUGUUUGCCUUGUGUCUAGGCUUUGGCCUUGUCUCCUUAUCCUCGCACAUGUACCCAUCCAGCAACUGUCUCAUUGAUGCCUUCGUUGUGACUCUGGUCAACCUGCUCAGCAUGCUGCUGGUCCCAUCAUUUUACUUCUGUGUCCUGGGCUUUUGGGCCACAGUCAUCACGCACCGCUGCAGUGAGAAGAAUGCUGAAAUGCUUGAGAAGCUGAUAACCGUAGGGAAAUUCCCUCUUGAGGCCCAGCCCCCUUCCAAUCUGGUUGAUAGCCCUACCUGCCUUGCCUCCUGGCUGGACAGCCUUCUCCAGCACAUCAAGAGCAUUGUCCUCAGCCACUUGAGUGACUGCAACUUAGAGAAGCAGGUUUUGAAGGUUAAGGAGGGCCCAAGCCUUGCAUUCAUGGCCUUCGUUGAAACCAUGUCAUUCAUUCCUGGGUCUGUCUGCUGGUCUAUCCUCUUCCUGUUUUUGCUGACAUUGGGGCUGAGCACCAUGGUAGGGAUCAUGCAGGGCGUCCUAACCCCACUCCAGGACACCUUUUCUUCUUUCAGGAAAUACACAAAACAGCCUACCGUGGUUGUCUUUGGGCUCAUGUUCCUGUGUGGCUUCUUCUUCACUCGACCUUCAGGCAUCUACUUCAUCAGCCUGCUGCAUGAAUACUGAACAGUCCUCCCCAUCAUCAUCAUCAUCAUCAUCAUCAUCAUCAUCAUCAUAUUUGAAAACAUGGCUGUGGGCUGGGCCUGUGGGGCCAGGAGGUUCCUUGAAGACUUGGCGAUCAUGUGGGGACCCCUCAUCUCUCCCAUCCAUUGGCUGUGGUGCUUUCUCUGUCCCGUUGUGCUGCUAGCCCUGUUUGUGAUUACUCUGAUUCAUCUGUCUCUGAAGACUAUCACCUAUGUGGCCUGGGACUCAGUCCCUGAAGACUCAUUGGUCAUCUGCCCUGGUUCCUAUCCCACCCUUCCCUUCUACAGUCCUCACUUUUCUGGGAACUUUGAUGUUCUGAACCCCUUUCCCAUCUUUCCACAGUCAAAAGAGGUGCUUCACCAAUACCCAUCAUUGGGGCUUCUUGCAACGAUUGACCUUUUUCUCACUGUUAUCUUCCCCAUCCACACAUAUUUUGCAUACUGCCUCACCCACAGGAUUCCCUUCAAUCCCACAAGCCAGGGUAAGCCUAUGAUAUCUUCCAAAUCCUUACCCUUAAUCCAGCCAACGCCCGUUAAAGAGGUCCAAAAGUAGGAAAUCCUGUGA